AUGAGUAAAGAACAUGGAGGAAUGGGCUUUCGCAACCUCUAUGGCUUCAACUUAGCCAUGCUAGGGAAGCAUGGUUGGAAAUUCUUAACCAACCAAGAUGCUAUAGUUACUUGUGUAUUUAAAGCUAAAUACUUCCCGCGAGGGGACUUUCUGGGGGCCAAUCUUGGCCACAACCCGAGUUUCACAUGGCGUAGCAUCCACGCUUCACAGGUAGUGGUAAGGGGGGGCAUGCGGUGGUGUAUUGGUAAUGGUCUUUGCAUCAAGCCAUGGGUUGAUCCCUUGCUACGUCAACAAGGUAAGCCCUAUGUGACAUCUUUGCCUCCAGCAGGGAUUUUCAACCAACAUGACAUUGAUGCAAUAAAAGAUAUCCCACUUCUCCAGCUUGACGAAGCAGAUACAUUCAUGUGGAAUCUCAACAGGAAAGGCUCGACUCAUCCUGCUUUGGGUAUAGCAUGUGCAUUUGAAAUGAUCAUGGACAUUUUCUCACAGUCAAAACUGGUUGGGCUCAUGGCCUUCCACCUGUUCAUGAGACUGAAGCUACAGCUCUACUUAUAG